AUUUUCUUUAUAUAACACUGUAUAUUCCUGAAGAGGACAACAUGGAAUGAACAAGAGUUUGCUUUACUUUUCUGUUUAGGGGAACAUUUCUAUUAAGUUGAAUAAAGUCACUUUGUGAUUAGGUCAGACCCUAGACUGCAAUAAUCUUAUUCAAGUCAAACUUUUCAGGAAAACCAUAAUUGGAUAAAUCUGAAUACCAGUCAUCAAUCCCAAUAGCGGUUUGGGUUUCACCCUAUACAUUGUUACAAGUAUUUGGAAUGGAAGAAAAUGAAUAACAUACCUGGAAACGUCAGGCUCUUGCAAUUAUGGAGACUUUACAUUGCAGCUUUGGCCUUAUAAUUAAAGCAAAGACUGAGGGUAACAAACAGGGAAUCAGUGGCCCUUUUGAUGUGUAAAAGUGUGCAGUUGCCUGGGAAGCUCCUGGUUCUGUUAUCUCUGUUCUGGCCUGGGAACUAUUUACAGUUUGGACAAAUGCGUGGAGCAAGUUAAUAGCUCCAUAAAACUUUAUGGCACUUCCCUAGACAUUACACACGCAAACAGCUUCCUGGCAAUGGGUGCCAAAAAAAACCUUUGAAGAAAACCCUGAUUUAAGCUUGUCUCGCCUUUAAUCUUUUGUCUUUAUCAGAAAAGCGUGAGGUGGGGGGAGAAUGAUCAGAUUUGGUUUAAGAUUUGCGGAAUCCUAUGGGUUUACUGGUCUAGAUUUUGUUGCCAUGCUACUCUCUGGAUUUUGUGGCACACAAUCUUUAGCCCAUUGUGCCUCCCUUGACCUUUCUUUGCCCCAUAACCCAAUUAUGACACCUCCCUUCUAUAUAUAUAUAAUAUAAAUGAUAUAUAUCAAUUUACAGCCGUGGAUAAGGCAAAUUAAAUGAAAAUCAACCUUGUUCAGAUACAGUACUAAGAGGAUGCUGGGAGUUGUAGUCCAAGCUUGAAGCAGGACAUAAAUGGGGCAAAUAAAAUGAAAUCAACCUUGCUCAGAUACAGUACUAAGAGGAUGCUGGGAGUUGUAGUCCAAGCUUGAAGCAGGACAUAAAUGGGGUAAAUAAAAUGAAAUCAACCUUGUUCAGAUACAGUACUAAGAGGAUGCUGGGAGUUGUAGUCUAAUCUUAAAACCCGUGGGCAGGACAUACAUGGAGCAAAUGACAUGAUAUCAACUAGAAAAUCAAUAUCUGUUUUUGAAUCUAUAAUAACCAUCUCUAUAAAGACACAGGGAAUCCCCUCCACCUGCUAUUUGGGGUUCCUAAAAUCCCAUAUGUAAAGUGCUGAUUUCGGUCGCCACCCACAUACCCCGGCUUGGCAGCACAGAUGGUAGGGUUGAAACCAAAGUCCUGGGUCCCAGACAAAUAUGCGACUCAAAGAGCAAACAGAUCAAUUUCUAGGAAUAUAUAUAUAUAAAAAAAAGGCAAAAGACAAAACACUUACCUUUCCUUUGCACACUGGGCUGCCUAUUAGUUUGCCUAGCUAGGGGAAGUAAAAAUGCCCAUAUUGGUCCCAGGUCUUAAAAGGGAAAGUGCUUUUAGUUUAAGGGAGUAAAUUAGCGCAAAUACUCCUGGCUUCUAUGUGAAUUUAGUAGUUUAAAAGUUUGGAAGGUUAUUUAUGUGAAUGGCCCUAAGGAAAGGCCCUGAAUGGCUCUCACUGAGCACGUGAUGUCAUUAAAGUAAGUUUUAUGGUUUGGGGGAGCUGACAAAGCUACAAUGUAUUUACAUCAUAUAUAAUCUUAACUGUCCACCAUCGCAGCUGCCGGGUCUCUUUAAUGCUGGGACAGUGGGACAAGGCACUUAGUGUGGAUUACGUCGCUUUCUGAGCUGCUGUGAGGGUUCAGCUGCCAAAGGGACCUCAAGCCACGACAUGCCCAGCGAAACAUGGCUGAUGCCCAUCUAAUGAAUGUCAUAGACAUUGGACUGGAGAAAUGGACAGAAGAGCAGCAGCAGCAGCGAUUGAGAUGUGGGCAGAGGUUGGUGCUCCAUCUGGUAACAUGGGAUUAUUGUGUGUGUCUGUGUGUGUGUAUAUGUGUGUGUAUAUGUGUGUGUGUGUGUAUCCACCCACCUCUGGGAUCCAUGGAAUGGGCAAAGUCCUACCUGCUCAUGCCAACCCAAUGCUCCAUGUCCCAACCCUAUGAGCAUGCACAAGUGCACAGAGCCCCAUGUCAGCCUAUGGACUGCUCCACCAAAGGCAACAGAACAACAAACAAGGGAAGGAGAAAAAUCAUUUGGAAUGAGCCUCUGGUUCCUUAUCCGGGGACCUGAGCGCACGUUGUGAUUGGCUGCCGGAGUCACAUGGUGAAAGUAACUUUACGGGGUCGCCAGCUAGUAGGAGGGCUUUAUGGAGCAGAAAAACGACAAAGCGAGAAAAAUUAUUUUCCACUCCAGAAAUUAAUGAUCAUGAGUUCGUAUUUGAUGGACUCUAACUACAUCGAUCCGAAAUUUCCUCCAUGCGAGGAAUAUUCGCAAAAUAACUAUAUCCCAGACCACAGUCCGGAGUACUACAGCCGCUCCAGGGACCCUGCCUUUCAGCACCACCAGCAGGACCUGUACCCGCCAAGAACUGCUUACCCAGAGCGUCAGUACAACUGUGCCAGCCUCCCGGCACCGGCCAACCCUGCUGCCCACCCCAGGCUCCAUGGGCAGCCCCAGAGCAACCACCUUGUAGGCAAAUCUCAGCUGUGUGAGCUCCCAACCCCAUCCCUUGCCUCCAACAGCAGCUCCAGUUCUCCCUCUCCUGCACCCCCAGCCUGCACCCAGCCACCCAGCUCUGAGCACCCCAUCAGCACUGCCUCCAAACAGCCCAUAGUCUACCCCUGGAUGAAGAAAAUACACGUCAGUUCUGUGAAUCCCAAUUACACUGGGGGUGAGCCCAAGAGGUCCAGAACAGCCUAUACCAGGCAGCAGGUCUUGGAACUGGAGAAGGAAUUUCACUAUAACAGAUAUCUGACCAGGCGAAGGCGCAUUGAGAUUGCCCAUUCCCUGUGUCUCUCCGAGAGGCAGAUCAAGAUCUGGUUUCAGAACAGGAGGAUGAAGUGGAAAAAGGACCACAGGUUACCAAACACUAAAGUCAGAUCCAACGCUUCUUCCAAUGCUUCCAGCAACAUCAUUGCGUCUAGCGCUGCUGCCAGCGAGGAUCUAUCGCAAAGCUCCACUCAGGAUCAGCGAGAGGAUAUUACAAGGUUAUAAAACACAUGGCAACACACACAACAAAACAGAUGACUGAAUAUUUAUAGAAUCUAAUAUAUACAUAUAUAUAUUUUGGUUCUUUUAGAUGUAUUCCUUUUUAUGUUCGUUGCUUGUGCGUUGGAAAAAAAAAAAACCAUGAAGUCUCUCGGUCAUCAUAUAAAGGCUUUAAAUGCAUGCCAGCCAGCAUGGAGCCAGGUUUUCUGUACAGUGUUUCUCUUUUCUUCUAUUGAUUUUUUAUAAAGCCAGUUUGUCUUUAUUUAUUGUGUAUUUUUGGGAUGGGAUGGGAGGGAAACAUGUUCAGUUUUAUGUGAUUUUUUUUUUUCUUUCUUAAGAUGACAAAAAAAAAAAAAUACAGGGUUGUGAAUUUUCCCUUUAAAUAUUUAAAAUUAGUCUGUUGUAGAUGAAAAAUAUCGAAGUGGGACGAAUUUUUUGGUAUAAAACGAUAAGGAGAAUAUUACUAUGUGCAGAUCUUCUCAAAGACACAGAUUGCAGCACACGAGCUAGAAAGUGGCGUGAAUCAAAUCAAAUAAUAAUAAUAUUGGGGAGAUAUUGAAAGAAAGUUUCCAUGUCGGCUAGUUAGCUCGUUGUUUUUGUUGUGGAAAGUGUCGUACAAUUUCAUUUUUAAUAUUAUUAUUAUUAUUAUUGAUAAUAAUAAUAAUAUAUAUUUUUUUUUUAAAGGUGAGACUCUGAUGUAAUCCUAAUUGCUAUAAACAGUCCCAGUGUUAUGUGACCGUCUCUGUGUUCAAUAAACCAGUGAGUGUGCUUGAGUUCUACCUGCCAGUCUAUUUGCUUAUUUUGCUGUACAUGUGAGCCACGGUUGGAGAGAGAUAUAGGUAGGUGCGGGGGGUUUAUAUUCCCUUUGCAAUAUCACAAUCCCAGGAGAUGGGGGAAUAUACAUCCCCCUAGCACUGCACACGUUGUGCUGCUUUGUGCAUAUACAGAUGUAACCUUGAAAUGACUGAGCGAAUUGUUGUUUACAUUUAUUUAU